AUGACUUCUAAGGCAGUCCUCAUUGACAAAGGAAUCAUUUUGGCAGUCGGCGGCAGGCACGACGUCCCAGGAGAGCCUGCAAUGUUGCUAGCAUUUGUCAUUAGGGCCUACUUGAGUGCGACGUCAGUCACGCUGAAACCGGUGCUCUGGUGUUCCUACCCCCGUGACGUCUACGGUAUUUAUAUCGACAACUGUCGUCACGACAAUGCUUCCACCCUUCCCACGGACGGCCCCGAGGCCCUACAACGAAGAACCGUCGCUGACUGCAUCAAAACUUUGUUAGACGCAUGGGAAGGGAGUUUCUCUGAUCUAUUGAGAGUAGGUGCUGACGUUGCCGUUCCUGUCUCGUGGAAUGAUCUUGGGACUGCUGUGGCUGUUGCUGCUGUUGAACGUGACUAUGGUGACUAUGUUCAUGAUGACGUUGAUGGUGAUGUUGGGGCGCUUGGCUCCGAAGUCGAACAGGCUCCUGUAUAG